UGUCAGUGUAGCAGGUGAAUAUAUUUUAAUAUUUGUUUGUUUUUGGAAUUUAUCAAUGUAGAGUAAACAACAUCACAGUAUCUUAAUUAUCACAUUUAACAAAUAAUUUAUGGUAAAGUUUAUGAACAUGAUAAUAAUUGCAUUACUUCAGUUUGGAUAGAAUGGGUUUUGUUCCAUGGAUUGGUCGUUCUCAAAGAACUUUGGACUACAAAUAAUCUCGUUUUCACUUUGAGCUCAUGUUCAGUAUGUCUUAAUUUCAAUGUAAUAAUUUCAGAGAACUAAGAAACGAAAAAUGUCUCGACCUACAAGUAGAAUUCAGGCAAGGAAUAACCAUUCCAAAAAAAUAACCCUCAAAGAAAUGAUGGCUCUGAGAAAGAAACAAUUGGAGGAUGGAGACCUUCCUAUACCCGACAGUGUAGCAGUAGAUCCAUAUGAAAUUUGUUACAAAUAUUUAGAGGACUUUAGAAAAACCACCUUAGUGGGAACUGAAACUGAAGUGAUGUGUGAUCAUAAAAACGACUGGGAUGAGAAUCACCCUGAAAGUGCUGCUCGCUUAUAUGAAAUCAUAAAUAGGAUAGCUACAUUGUGUUUACUGACUAGAUGUGAUGUUCUUCCAUUUGAGACUAAUUGUCCUCCGAGUGAUGUACUAUUGAUACAUUCCAAUGACUUGUUUGAAACUUUGAAGCGUGUAUCUAAAAUUAGAAAAACUGAUGAACGUGAGCAAGAGGCAACCAAAUAUGAUGGCGUCUACUUUUCAAGGGAUACUUUCAAGGCAGCUAUGAGGGCAUUGACAUGGACGAUUAAUGUGACAAAACAAGUAUGCCAAAACAAAUAUCAUAAUGGAUUUGCCCUUGUAAGGCCUCCUGGACAUCAUGCAAGACAUGAGGCCUUUGAAGGAUAUUGCUUUUUCAAUAACGUAGCUAUAGCAGCAGAAAAAUGUUUGAAGGAAAAACUCUGUAAAAAAAUUUUAAUAGUGGAUUUCGAUGUGCAUCAUGGUGAUGGAACUCAAGAAGCAUUUUAUGAAAGGAACGAUGUCCUCUAUUUCUCUAUGCAUCGUUAUGAGAACGGUUUAUUUUGGCCAAACCUGAGAGAAGGCAACUUUGAUUACAUAGGAAAGGAUGGGGGCAAAGGUUACAAUGUGAAUGUACCUAUAAAUAAAAUAGGUGCAAGAGAUACAGACUAUUUAGCCAUUAUUUUCAACCUUUUAUUGCCUAUAGCUUAUGAGUUUCAUCCAGAUUUGGUUAUGAUUUCUGCCGGCUACGAUGCAGCUGUUGGUUGCCCAGAGGGCCAAAUGCUUCUAACCCCAGGUUUCUACUCCCAUAUUGUACAACUUCUGUCCGGAAUUGCUGAUGGACACAUAGUAAUGGUUCUUGAAGGAGGUUAUUUCAUUCCCUCCCUUUGUGAAAGCACAGCUAUGUCUAUUAAAGGGCUGCUCAAUGACCCUUGCCCUUUGCUUGAAGAAACUGGUUACGUUCAGCAAAGCAUAGUCGAGACUAUCAAUAACUGCAAAGGAGUGCUUUACAAUCAUUGGAAUUGUUUCUCCGUGGUGCAGAGAUUCGAAUAUAUGCCAGAAUAUAAGAUAAAUCCACACGAGGAACAUAUUGUGGCUGUGAAGUAUUUUGGUGAGGUCGAAAAACCCCCUUACACAACCAGAGACUAUUAUCCAGAACAUAGUCAGCUAGCCAUUGAUGAUUUUACUUCCUUUAUCUCCAGAUUCCGUAGUAAUGAAGCUAAUUAUAAAACUUACCAAGGAACUGGAUAUGCAUAUGAAUCAGUCGUGCUUCUCCAUGCCCCAGAUAAAAAAGCUCAUUCCUAUGAAGAUCCCGCCAGAUUAAUGAAAAUAUUGGAUCUGAUGGAAGAAAGUCAAUUAACGAAACGUUGCAUAGAAAUCAAGGUACCUAAGGACAGAGACGAUUAUCAGUAUUGUUUAGAAGUUCACAAAGAUUAUUUUUUGGAAAGGUUCAUGUCUAAUUCCCUCAAACCAUUACAUGAUCUCUAUAUCAACAAACAUACUGCUAAAGCUGCAAUGACCUCUGUUAGUGUGUUACUGACAGUCGUUGAUGCCGUUAUCACUGAAAAAGUAACGAAUGGGGUUGCAUUGAUUCGGCCACCUGGUCAUCACGCAACUGCUGAUAAAGCUCAAGGUUUCUGUUUUCUCAAUAAUGUUGCUAUAGCAGCAAAGUACGCUAAACAAAAAUAUAAUGUGCCAAGAAUACUUAUAGUCGACUUCGAUAUUCAUCAUGGGAAUGGUACCCAGGAUGUAUUCUAUAACAGUAGUGAUGUAUUGUAUAUAAGUAUCCACAGAUUUGAUAAUGGUAGUUUCUACCCAUUUAAUGCAUCAGCAGGUGCCAAAUUUGUUGGCCAUGGGCCUGGAGAAGGUUUUAAUGUCAAUAUUCCAUUCAACAAUGAACCAAUGGGUAACAGCGAAUACUUGGCAGCUUUUUUGAACAUUAUUCUUCCUAUAGCUUAUGCAUUUAAACCUGAACUGGUGUUAGUUUCUGCUGGGUUUGAUGCAGGAAUCAACGACCCUCUAGGUGGUUAUAACGUGACUCCUGAGAUGUAUGGACAGUUCAUAUAUCUUCUCAAACCUCUUGCCAGUGGAAAAAUUAUAGUAGCUUUAGAAGGUGGAUAUAAUGUGAAUACCACAGGUUAUGGAAUGUUGAUGUGUAUGAAAGCAUUGAGAGGGGAGUCAGUUCCAGUACCUGAUGAUGUUUUUGCUAAAUACUUGAAUAAAAAUGCUGCAGAAACUAUAAGAGAAGUUGUUGCUAUUCAGCAACAAUAUUGGCCCAGCUUGAAUGUUAUGAAACAUAUCACGAAUAAAGUUUUCCACUGUAGAUACAACAGAGAAUUCAAAGAAGAAAUUUAUAGUAUGGAUAAAUUUGAUGUUACUGAUGUUGAAUGUUAAUUUUAACAUGAGAAGAACGGGCAGAUUCACCAUUUAUGUUCAAACAUGUUUAUUUCUCCAAGGAAAAUUGUAAAUCAUGCAGUCACUUUUCAUAACAAAUUUUUUCAUUGAAUUUCCUCUGCUCAUGGUGCAAAUUUGCCUAUUCUUCUAUUAUUUACAUUUUAACUUGUUGACUUACCUUAUACAUUCCACGGUUCAAAAUCUUAUUUUGAAAUCUUCAGUAUUUCUCGUUUUAAAUUGUAUUAACAAGAAAAAGUGCCUUACGCUUUGAACUGAAAUAAUGCUUCAUCAAUAUUGACAAUACGUAAAAUUCAAGGAAUUGCUCAAAAAAAAAAUUAAUUUUACUUUGAAAUGCAAUAUUUUCUACUAGUCAAUGUGAACUGAUGAUUCUAACUAUUGGUCAAUUUUAAGUGUUGUUGAAUUCAAGCUUUUUAACGAACUUGUUUUUCUUGUUACCUAGUCUUGAUAUUUAUCAUGUUUUUAAUAUGUAUUAUGUUCAAUAAUAAAUAUUUUAGUUUAACUCAUAA